GCUGCGGUGAUGUCAGCCCGCCGGGGUCAUUUGAAGGUCAGCAGCCUCGGAAGGGUUCACGCGAAGUUCACGCGCAUAUAUUAGGGCUAUUCAAUCUUUCAUUCUCCGCGGCAAGAACUAGUUGGAAAUGAGCGGAGCAAGGGGAAGGAUAUAAGCCGUUCGUCAUCAGGGAGAGGAACAUGUGCUUUUAAAAAAACGCGUCCGCGUUGUCGGUUGUUUUUCUCCCCCCCCCCCCCGCCAGAUCCGUGAAGAGCGAUCGUCCGGCUGAGCCGAGACGGGGCGACCUCGGUGGAAACGCGUCAGGAUGUAGUUGUCUCCUGUUUUGAUUGUGAUUCUUGAGAGCCUUGUUAUUAUGGACAGAGUCGCGCGGAGCGGACACGGCGGCGCGCUGGAUUUGAACAGAGUGACAUUUUAGGAGGAGGCGAAGGAACAGCUCGCACCGAUUCCGGCGCGGGACGACGGAGAGGAAGAGGAGCGAGACCCGCCGCGCCGAGGAGGAGAGGAGGAAGGCGAGGAGGAGGAGGAGGAGGAGGAGGAGGAGGGUGGAAGUGCUGGAGUUUGAUGGAGUUGCGUGCGCUUUCGCCCGUGAUUCUUCUUCCCAUCCAAGUCCUUCACGCGCAAGACCAGUUGAGCAACGCGCGCCGCCAACAUGUUUGACUGCAUGGACGUGCUGGCCGUGAGUCCCGGGCAGAUGUUGGAUUUCUACACACCCAGCCCGUCCUCCUGCAUGCUGCAGGAGAAGGCUCUGAAAGCCUGCAUCAGCGGACUGGCGCACCGCGAGUGGCAGCACCGCCGGAGCGCACACUCCAUUGAAACACAGAGCACCAGUUCGGAGGAGCUCGUCCCCAGCCCGCCAUCCCCGCCGCCCCCUCCCAGAGUCUACAAGCCGUGCUUCGUCUGCCAGGACAAGUCCUCUGGAUACCACUAUGGUGUCAGCGCGUGCGAGGGCUGCAAGGGUUUUUUCCGCCGAAGCAUCCAGAAGAACAUGGUGUAUACAUGUCACCGGGAGAAGAACUGCAUUAUCAACAAGGUGACAAGGAACCGCUGUCAGUACUGCCGCCUGCAGAAGUGCUUUGCCGUGGGAAUGUCCAAAGAGUCUGUUCGAAAUGACCGCAACAAGAAGAAGAAGGAGAGCCCAAAGCCGGAGCUGGCAGAGAGCUACGAGCUGACAGCCGAGCUGGAGAGCAUCAUUGAAAAGAUCCGUAAGGCCCAUCAAGAAACCUUCCCCUCCCUCUGCCAGCUUGGCAAAUACACCACGAACUCGAGUGCAGACCACCGCGUGAGGCUCGACCUGGGCCUGUGGGACAAAUUCAGUGAGCUGGCCACCAAGUGCAUUAUCAAGAUCGUGGAAUUUGCCAAACGAGUGCCUGGCUUCACGGGGCUGACCAUCGCGGACCAGAUCACGCUCCUGAAAGCCGCCUGCCUGGACAUUUUGAUCCUGCGCAUCUGUACGAGGUACACCCCGGACCAGGACACCAUGACCUUCUCGGAUGGGCUGACCCUCAACCGGACGCAGAUGCACAACGCAGGCUUCGGCCCUCUCACUGACUUGGUGUUCACUUUUGCCAACCAGCUGCUGCCCAUCGAGAUGGACGACACGGAGACGGGCCUCCUCAGCGCCAUCUGUCUCAUCUCUGGAGAUCGUCAGGACCUGGAGGAGCCCUCCAAGGUGGACCAGCUCCAGGAGCCACUCCUGGAAGCUCUCAAGAUCUACGUGAGGAAGCGUCGGCCCAGCAAACCGCACAUGUUCCCCAAAACCCUGAUGAAGAUCACAGACCUGCGCAGCAUCAGUGCGAAAGGAGCGGAGCGGGUCAUCUCCCUGAAGAUGGAGAUCCCUGGUUGCAUGCCACCGCUCAUCCAGGAGAUGCUGGAAAAUUCAGAGGGCCAAGACAGCCAGAGCGGCAGCAACAGCACUUCAGCCGGGGCAGGGGCAGAGGCCGAGGCCGAGGCAGAGGCAGGGGCAGGGGCAGGGGCAGAGGCAGAGGCAGAGGCAGGGGCAGAGGCAGGGGCAGAGGCAGGGGCCAGCCCCAGCACCACGGACAGCCCCAGAGAGGACACGACUGCCCAGGAGUCGCCGGGGUCCUUGACCGACGACGAGGCUGAUACCACACCUCCCAGUGACGAGCCCUAGGAGGGUGCACCCACAGGUGCCUCCCAGACUCACUCUGACAUUUCUUUGCACAAAAAAAAGCAAAGCUAGGCAAGGGGUGGUCAACAACCCCCCCCCCCCCCCCCCCAUAACCUCUCUGCCCCGACUCUCCGAUGCUUGGUAUUAUGUUAUCUUUAUAUCCUUCUUCUCCCAUUCCCCUCAAACUCCCUCCUCAAAAGGAAACGUCAACACGGAGGCCUCAAAGGAUCAGCGCUUUGUGUAUAAUUGUGAGCUGAGCUCUUAAUUUGGAACGGGGUCUCUGGGACUGUGACAGGAAGGGCGUGGCCCUUGCAAACUGCCAGAGAUGAUUCUCCUCAGGUCUCCUGUGUAACUUCUUAUCUGCAUGACAUGAGUUGGAUAAGCGGUUUUACUCCCCCCCCUCUCUCUUUCUUUCCUAAUCUGCCCUCAUCUCUUUUCCUCUCUCAUGCUGUUGGCAUACCCACAUUGUACAUACCAUUGUAUGGUGAGAUCUCUGUUUCUAUGAUGAAUUGUGUGGUGCUUUUUUCAUUGUCUUAAUUAUUGUCUUUGAGGCGAUACAUCAAGGUUUAAAGAGGGACUUAUUGUAAGUCCUUCAAAAAGUUGUCUAGAAUGUUAUUGCAUAUAGACCUUAUGGAAGUCUAAUAUUUUAUAUUUGUUCCUAUAUUUAAAAAAAAACUUUUGGUCUUUUAAAACACUUAAUAGUUCAUGUCGCUACAUGAAUAAGUGUUCAUCCACACCGCCAGAAUGCGAAGCUUCUCUCCACAUCGACAGCCGAGGUCUGUGCAUCUGCUUCCUCCCAAGAGGGAAGCACGACAGCAAAAGCCUUUGACACACACUCAUCAGAUUGACUGCGUCUGUUUAACUUUCCAGUCUCGGAAUGAACGGCGGAGAGCUGACGUACCAGAUUAGAUUUAAAAUUGUCUAUGAAAUUAACUCAUUUGGUGGCUGUAUCUCCUCAGUAAAUCAGUUUACCUCAUUGUCAAAACAAAUUGGGCAAAUUAGGUUGUUGAUAGAUGCCAGAGAUUUUUCUGCAACAGGCUGCGAUCGCAUUGGAUGCCCUAUACCUCUGCUGGACCAUGAUUCAACUUUAAACACGGUUGGUCAGGGGUGUAAAAAGCCGGGGGUCGUGCCACACUAUCAGUUUCCCUAAGGCGUCAUGCUUAUUAUUAGUGGCCUCGCCGUGUUCACCGAAUGUAUGAGGAAAAGGUCUGGCUUCGCAUUAAGCUACAUGCUAUUUAGUCUCAACUAAUCGGAUUUCCUCCAGCAUGAUUUCCUUGUUCAGGGGAAAUUGCACAAGUACAGAAAAAUAGCUCAUCGCCAGGGAAACUAAUUCAUGAGAGAAUGCAAAGGAAUACAAAUGUUGUCACAGCAACGAAAAGAUGAAAGGUGAAAAUAGAUCAUUGGGGAAAAAAAGAUCUUUUUGGAUGUUUUGUCAAUGCUCCAUAGUGGAACAUUUUUGUUGUUCUCCCGAUAGCAAGCAGGGACAACAUUCAGUUUCUCUAGUCGGGUUUAAAGGGAGGCUAUAUUCAUAUCUUGCAAGAGCCGAGUAGUGUGGGAUUAUGGUGAGUGGUAAAACAAAAUGUAAAGGUGGCACAAAUAGGAGUUAAUAAGUCUGACUCAGUGGUAUCAAUGACACCAACAUUAUACUGCUCACCGAUGUGACUGGGUUAUUGCAUUUGAGCUAGAAUGCAUGUGCUAACUCCUCGUCUGAAGGUUUCGUAGUCCCACAUCACUCAGUUCUAUUACAAUUUGUCUUUUUUUGGGUUAUGCCAAUAUUAUACUCGACAGAGUGAUUGCUGAGAUCCGAGAACACAGAAAGUCACUGCGAUUGAAGCCGGACAAUGCAAGAAACAUGAGCAGUCCGAUGAUCAGGCCAGCUGCAAACAAGCCAACAACUUAGCCACAUUAUCUAAACCACUUUAUUAGUGGAACGGAAUGUUUUUUACUUUCACUUCCAAACACCCAACCAGGGUUUGUGUUUAAAGUCUGUGUCCUGAUCUAACUUGUAGUUCUUUUUAAAAUCUGGCUUCUUUUUAAUAGUGUUGCACAAUUCCCUAAUUUUAGCAAUUAUUGAGAUGAAUAUAAUAUGUCGUUAUUACUGAUAGGAAUCACCUAAAGCUACAAAAAGAAGACCCAAUAAUGUAAUGAACCAAAGUUUCAACCAAUGGAACUAGUUUUAGCGCCUGCUACAUUGUUUAUAAUAACUUCACAAAGCUGUACUCACCAAGUUCGCCGCCAAAAUCUUGGAAUGCUGCAACAUUGCGGAAAUUGGUUCAGAUACGACGAGAAGCACAAAAUCAUAGUCACCUUUAGGAAGAGAAAACUAAAACUGUGCAUCCUGAACAUUAAUCAUAGAUUGCGGACAGACUACAGGGUUCAGCACGCUCACUUGAGCCUCAUAAUCUCGCUGAACUGUUGGAUUGUUCACCACCUACCUGACGGUCUGACUGCUUGUGUCUCUUGCCGUUUGGACCUAUUUUAGUCCUUUUCAAGGAAUACACCAUGGUUUUCCUUCAGCCCCUAGCAAUGCUAGGUUUUGUGCUCAAGCUGCCACUGCAGUCACAGCCAAUGGCAGCUUCGCCUUUUCCCACGAAAAAAGAUUGCCUGAAUGUCAACCUUAUGAGUGUGUAUCUAUCAUCAGCAGCAUGAACUCCCAACUGGGCUCUGCAAACACUCAUGGGCUCUGUUAUGGCCUUACAAGCAGGGCUCCGCAACCUACCACUCCUUCUCCUUCUCUACCCUUUCAGAAGUGUCUUGUUUGAAGCAGCGAAACGUAUAUGGCCAAUGCAAGCCUCAACACACACUGAUGACUGAGCUGCAUGGGUCGGGAAGAUUGUACAAUCAUUUUAGAAAGCAAAAAUCCGCUCCCGACAUCCGCCUUAGACUUUCAGACUUGACAGUGUAAGCAUUAUGGGGGGGAUGCAAAAGGAGAUGACCGUCCACCGCCGUGAGAGGUGCAGUCCAGGACAGCUUCUCUUUGGACACUAGAUCCAACUGAGCCCUUAAUGUCAUAGGCGGUGUGGGGUGUCAGAUGAGGUGGUCCCACUGAAAUGAAAAGAUGAUCCUUGAAUGCCGCUUCACAGCUGAACAACGAGAGCUAAGCUCCAUUAUAGCCACUCAGGUGGACGCAGAUCUCUCACUAUGCUGCUGUCCCCGCUGGCCGGAUCAACGGCUCCAUUCACACUGAUAUCCUGUAGAGCACAGGGGACAAACUGACUGUAGCACUUAAAAACAUGUUGAAUCUGUCAAACGUGGCUGUAGCACUCAAACUUACAAGGGUGCGAGCCAACAGACGCCCCCCGCUCAUCCACAGCCAAGGGGCAAAGUCCAACUUUAAACUAAUCAAUCCUAAAAGUUUGACAUCUCAAAGAGCAUGGAUAUUAGAGCUGCAAUGGGAAUACUCUCACACCGCUUUCAGAAAAAAAUGUGUUUCUUCUUUUAAAGAUGAUGCAGUAAGUAGGUAUAGAUGAAUACACAAUAGAUAGAUAGCCUCAGUUUAAAUUGGGGUGCUAAAUGGACUUUUUUUUUUUUUGAUAUAUGAAGGUAAUAAGCAGAUAUUUGUGCCAGCAGGAAUCCGGGUUUGGUUAAUCUGAAUCUGUAUUUUGUCAUCUAAAGCUGUAUAUCAACUCAUAUCAACUAUAUCAAAUAAACUUUCAGAUCAAAAUGUAAACAAGCUGACCUAAACCAUGCUGAUAGGGCAAUUCAUUGAGCGCUCUUUUGCGUUUAAUUUAGAUAUUUACAAAUGUGGAUUAUUCUUUAUAAUUUAACCUUAGAGUCCUACAUUUACAGAGGAAAGUUAAUUGUUUUUGACCAUAUCAAACCCUCCUCAUCAGCAGAUAGAAUUUGCUUAGAUGCUGUUGCUAGAUAGACAGAUCUUUAUUGUCAUUGUGCACAGAGAACAAUGAAAAUCGUUUGACAGCUCUUCAGCAUUGGGCGGCAUAAGAAGUGGUCAUGGAACUAUAGAUGUUCAACUCUUGUUCAACUUCUCCAUGAAUAUUAGCACUUAUAAGACUUCUCAUCUAUGCCAAUGACUAAGAGAAAUAGAUCUACCUUUUGUUACAUGUUUAGAUCUUGUUGAGAUAAUGAUGAUAAUUAAGUUUGAUGACAUUUGGUUCCUUAGAUACAAAUGCAAAUUCAAAAUCUUUCUCAAAUCCAAAUUUUACUGUGGCACCUGCUUUUGGCACAAAUAUACUCACAUACAUGUACUUGUCCUAUAUGCCUCAAAAUCUUUGCUGAGAUAAACUCCUUAUGAAAGUGUCGCGGGGCCUAGAUGAGUCAAUCUGGGUCUCGGCAGCAGAUAACAAAAACCCACCUGGAUUCCAUGCCUGCCCGGAAAUACAUAUCAUAAGGGAAACCAGAGCUGUUCCAGUUUUUUUCGUAUGUUUGUCUUUAGCGAGGUUGAAUGUGAAUAAUGUCAUGGAAUCUGUCAGAAGAAUGAUAUGCAGUGUUAAGGAAUGAUUCAUUCUAUCUCAAUGUAACAUAGGAAAUUGUGCUCCUGGAUGUUCUGUCUUGCUCUCCUGGUGAGAGAUGUAGGGAGGUGUCUAGGUGCUUUUUUCUUUUUUCUUUUUGAAGACGGAAAAACUUCACAGCCGACGAAUGUCCACAUCCACCUCUGACGCGUCCGGUGUGCCGCCAGGCGCCCGGACACAGCAGGAGCUGUUAUCUGUUCCUUUAGGAAACAACUCCACAAUGCUGAAUUACUCUUGUUCGUUUCUGUUGAAUGUUGUACCGACGUAACUGUAAUACUUUAAUAUCUAGCUCACUGCAGAGAUGUUUCAUAAAUGGUGUGUGCUUUGCAUUUCAUUUGGCAGCUCUGAGGGAAAAGACACUCUGUUAUUUGUCCUUGGGAUCACUCCCUCACAUCAACGUGUGAAGAAAGGAAGACAAAACAAGAGGAGGAGGAACUGGAUCUUGCUGGUCUGAUCUGGUCGUCCAGGUCGUGGGCCACACGACUCACGCACCUACGAGAAAGAGGAACGGACAACCAAGUCACCUCAGCACCUGACAACGUUGGUACGUUCUGUUCCAUGUCAAACAACAGAGCUGCUCCAUACCCCCCCCCCCCCCCCCCAACCCCCACCCCUGACAGGAAGCCAAUCAGCUGUCGUCAAUCAAUCAAACCCAAUCAGUCGACAGCAAUUUGGUUAACAGGACAACUAAUGAACUAGGGGUUGACUGAGUACGUGAAUAAGUGCUUCGAAAAACCAACAGGAUCCGAUUUACUCAGCUGUAAUUAAUAGCAUACUGUAUGCCAAUAAUAAUAAGUCCAAGGAACUGUUCAGAUAGUCAGACAGCAGACAACCGACUCCAACCAGGAAUAUAUCAAAGCUGCACUACUGCAUAUUUUAUAUAUUAAUAAUAGUUCAUGCUGUGUGUAAUGUCAAAGGUUAUCACCCGACUCCACAGUUCUUUGGAGCCAUUAAGCCUCUUUCAGUCCCUUGUUUCUUUUUUAUUUUGACUUGCAACUCAACUGUUAAGCUUCAGUCUCGCUGCUCUCAUCCACAUCCCUCCGAGCUGCAGCAAGCAGCUGUGCUCAGCGGAACGUUCUGGAAACGUUAGCCGCCCUGGACAAGUUAACAGCCAUCUCACAGCGCGACAAACAGAAGCGUCUGUUUUGGAGGCGGACAGGAAACGUGUGUCUCCAAAUGAAUGCUAAUGUGUCUCCAUGUUUGCCGAAUGUGUAGACAGGCAAUUCUUUUCUAACACGUUGGCCAUAACAACAAGGGGAUAUACUAUAUUAGCUGAAGAUGGAACUGGCCCUUUAAAUAAGAGGAUUUGAAAGCCUGGAAAUUACAAAUACUUUCCCCCCACAGGAAUACUACAGUUGGGAAGUAUUUGGAUGACAGGACACUACAACAGAAAAGCCCAAGACCAGGACAAUGUCCACUUUUUCUGUGUCAACCUAAAUUUCCUUUUUUUAUUGGGACACGUUUUUUUUUUGUGGUAUCCCCAUUAGGUGAACUGACCGAUUUGUAGUUAAUAUUUCAUUUCCAUGAAACCACCAACUGUGGUUCGCAGCCAUUCAGCCUUGAGUUUGUCGACACUUAUCAUGCAUUUGCAAUUUAUAUGACUCAGAUUACAAGUAGGAGGAGGGUGUUGUGUUACGGUCUGACCAAUAUUAUCUCAUCUAGAGUAUCAGUCUCACAUGCCAGUCCAACCCUAGAUGAAACCAGGAGCGAGAAACCCAUGACUGUGAACCAGCAUCAAUCAUUAACAGUAGCUCUGUUGUUGUCCACCCUGAAGGUGGUUUUGGCCGACAUCAUAAACUGUCCAUGGUCGCCUUUCUUUUCCAGUCGCUUACAGAGGACCUCGCCACCAGUCAUAUGCAGUGUUGUAUAGUUGUGUUAAUAUGAGACAUGAUGGUCACAUUGUACUGGGCGUUAGAGGGUGGAAGUGACGGCGACUGAUGCGGAUCUUUCCCAUCAGCCCCUGCUGCCGGCCUUCGUAGGUUGAGCCUGACCUCAGUAGCUGCUCUGAUGUUCGAGCUUCGACCUGUUUCCGCUCUCCAUUUUAAAUAUUGUCUGUUUGUACAUUAACAUAUGCUUUUUAUGUUCAUAUACUGUUUAACUUUACCAUGAACUGUCCUGGCAAAGUAAUAAAAUAUAUUUAUUUUAAAA